GUCACAGAGCGCUUACCUUCCCUGGUGCGCUCUCCUUUGAAUGGUGGCGUGAGGCCCGCCUCCUCCCGCGCCCGAACUGCAGUUCCCAGCGUGCCUCGCGACGCGUUGGGCGCGGGAGCCGUCGUCGUCAUCGCUGCUGCAGCCGCCGCUGCGGCUAACGCGCCUUGCCGUCGGGCUGCGGGGCCUCGCUUCGAGAUGUAAGCGUUCGCUGCUGCGGCCUACAACCCCCAGCAUGCCUCGCGCGGGGCCGGGGAAGCGCUUCCGGGCGGAGGAGAGUGUCGGUCGUAAACAUCCAGAUUCGACUUGGAGCUCAGAUUGGGGCCUCACUGAAUCCAGUCCUCCCAGUGACACUGACACCAUGUCUCUCUCCGAGUGCUACAUUGCAGUGAAGCUAGCUGACCAGCCCCUGGCUCCCAAAUCCAUCCUGCGGCUGCCAGAAACGGAGCUGGGCGAGUGCCCGCUGGGUGGCUGCAGCAUCUCCUAUCUGAAACAGCUCAUCACUGGGAAACUGCAGGAGUCUGUACCUGAUCCGGAGCUCAUUGAUCUGAUCUACUGUGGCCGCAAACUACGGGAUGACCAAACACUUGAGUUCUACGGGAUCCAAUCGGGUUCCACAGUCCACGUCCUCCGCAAGUCCUGGCCGGAACCAGAACAGAAACCAGAACCCGUGGAUAAAGGUGCAGCUAUACGAGAGUUCCGGGUCCUGCACACGGCCUUGCACAGCAGCCCUGUCUUCAGAGACUCUGUCUUCAAGAUGCUGGGGAAUAAGGAGUCCCUGGACCAGAUCAUUGUAGCCACGCCCGGCCUGAGCAGUGACCCCAUCGCCCUGGGAGUCUUGCAGGACAAGGACCUUUUCUCUGUCUUUGCCGACCCAGCCAUGUUGGACACGCUCAUCCCAACCCACCCUGCUUUGGUGAAUGCCAUAGUCCUGGUUCUUCACUCGGUGGCAGGCAGCACACCCCUGCCCACUCCAGAGACCUCCUCGCGUAGCAUGGCUUCCAGCUCCUAUCGGGACAUGCCAGGUGGUUUCUUGUUUGAAGGUCUCUCUGAUGACGAAGACGAUUUCCAUCAGAGCACAAGGACCACGCCCUCCAGCAGCACCUCUGGGUCCCGCCCAGCAUCCCUGGGCUACACAGGGGCAGCAGGGCCCCGACCCAUCACGCAGAGUGAGCUGGCAACAGCCCUGGCCCUGGCCAGCACCCCCGAGAGCAGCUCACACACCCCCACCCCUGGGACCCAGGGUCAUUCGUCAGGCACAUCUCCCAUGUCCUCCAGCGUUCAGUCAGGAACACCCAUCACCAACGACCUCUUCAGCCAGGCCCUACAGCAUGCCUUACAGGCUUCUGGGCAGCCAAAUCUUCAGAGUCAGUGGCAGCCCCAGCUGCAGCAAUUGCGGGAUAUGGGCAUCCACGAUGACGAACUGAGCCUCCGGGCACUGCAGGCCACAGGGGGAGAUAUCCAGGCCGCCCUGGAGCUCAUCUUUGCCGGAGGAGCCCCCUAAGGGGUGGGCGGGGGUCCGUCUCGGAAAGACACCAGGAGGUUAUUUUGCACGUCCACCCUCGCCACUCCUUGGAUGUCCACCACUCACCAUUGCCCUGUGCUCCAUCCUUGCAUCGAGCAGUCUGGACCUGUUCCCACCCCUUCCUUUUUUCCUGCCUGAACAGAAUCUGGGGCCGAGUGGCUGAAGAGCUGUGACGACAGGAACUCUGACAUGGGAUGAGAGUUUGGAUCCUGUUCUCUUCUAUUUACAGCAACCAGUCUGGGCAAAAAGGACAAGACAGACCAGGCAGCUGGUUGGCAGUAGCCCCCUCUAUGGAUGACCUGGCUUGGUCAGUCUGAAGCGGCUGCAGAGACCCCGGAUGCCUCCCGUUGCCUGAAGCACUGGUGACAUUUCUCCUUCCCUGUCUGUGGAUUUGUCCCUGCCACUCUCCAUGGCUCGUGCCAGGUUUGCCGUCUUUUGUGAGCGAUUCCAUUAAAGCGGCCCUUCCCUAA